AUGUCCGGCCCCGGCAAGACCCCCGGGCAGAGGGAUAUCCUGGCCCACACCCCUCUCUUCAAACCGACCCCCUCCGGCUCCGCAUCUUUGAGUCGCCAAUCUCUGCCGGCUCCAUCUCGCCAUGCUGAUCUUCCUCCGACGACUCAGCCCUCCCAACUCAGCGGGAGCGGGCAUGGAGCUGCGAGCGGGAGUGGAACUGGCGAAAAGGCGAAGAAGAAGCGGAAGCGGAAGCUAGAGGGGCGGCACUCUCUGGCUGGUGCCCUGGGGAGGGAGGUGGAUGAAGCAUCGCGAAUCAGGCAACCUGAGGGGUCGAGUGGUGGAUAUGGCCGAAGAAGUAGCUUCAUGGGAGGAAAUGCAGUCGCUGGGCCAAGCCGACUCGGGCAGCAUGUGAUCACUGCGGAGUCUGAUGAAGACGUGGAUAUGGGGGAGGAUGUUACUGCUCCUGUAUCAGCGGGUCCCCGUGUUCCGCUUAUCGGAAGCCUGAGCCAUGUCAAUGCAGAAGCUGGACCGAGUAGGCUCGGUCCGGCGCUCCUGCAGCAACAUGCGUCGAGACCUUUCUCUCCGAUUGUUCCACCUCCCCGAUCACCCAAUCAUGAGGUCUCAUCCUCCCUGCGCCUCCUCAGCUCCUUGACCGGUUCAGCGGCCACAGGAUCGAAGGGUAAAAAACGAGCCCGCGCCUCGGAACCCUCCGCCCCACCGCAAGGUCCCCGGACAUCCGGUCCUGCAUCACAUCAAAGUCGUCGGACUACCAUGGACCCUCCGCGCCCUGGUCAGACCACCGCGGCAUCGCAGAUGACCAGGACCCCCUCGUCCGCCUCGGUGACAUCAUCGUCGACGGUCAAGGUCGUUGGCGGUACGCGGUAUGUCAAAAAGCCGCGGAUCACUCCGCUCCUUGCCGGGACGCAGGGGUCGAUGGCGGAUAUGCCUAUCGCCAUUGCGGACUCGGACGACGAGGAUGCGGAGCCGUCGGCUGCUACUGUCACCGUCACUGCACGUGUAUCGGCGGCGAGUGCUGAAGCGCCCGGAAGACCCCAACCAUUUGCUUCUCAAUCCCCGCCACCUACACGCAAUCCACAUACACCCUCACAACCCGCUCCUGCGGAUCAAAUUCGGUCGGAGAUCCGCCCUUUGGCCCGACCGCGCUCUGCUGUGGCUACCUCGGCCCUACCAUCCGAAUUCGUCAGACCUCUCCACGUCCCACAGGCGCAAGCGACACCUUCCACGGCGGCCUCCUCUUCGGGGACUGCGUCCAAGAACGCAUCGAGCCUCAUCGGCCUACUCGCUUUGCGUCGGGAGCAGACCGCGUCUCAAGUAGCUGCGGUACAGCCCGCCGGAACCCAGACCCCGUCAACUCGGUCCGGGCCGACAUCUACCGUCCCAGCACUGCCUUCAGUGGAGCUGUCUCCUUCAGUCACAUCCGGUCCACCGGCGAGUGUGUAUGUGCCUACCACACCCUCCAUUCCUCUCGAGACCGAUCAAGCUCAGGCGUCACCGUCUUCCCCCCAUCCGCGCCCACUGGCUCAACGCCACGUCAUUCGCGACGCGACCCAGGCAGCCAUCGUGGCAACUCAGCAGCUCUUUCCCGCUCCCAACAGCGUGGGCUCCGCGGAGGUUUCACCGGCCAUCCACGCCACGACUUUAGCUGCGGCUCUAUUCCGCGCUUCAGCACAGGUCCAGGCCAACCGUAUAGCCGAAUCCAAGCUUCGUGCGGCGCAAGCGGUAACCAGGAAGCGCUACCUGGCCGUCUUCGGCAGCCUUAUCGACCGGGUAUACGUCAUGCAGGCGCACCUGAACAACAAGGCCAGCCAGGACAGCCUGGAGCUCGAAGAGGCGGUCGGGACGCAGGAGAUUCUGCACGACGAGGCGGUCGAGCGGAUCUGUGUCGAGGCGGAGCAAGCGCACCAGCUGGAGACUGGGCGCAGGCGUCAGGAGGUUGAAGACGAGGCUGCUUUGCGGGAAGCGAGAGCGGCGGAGGUGGAAUCUGGGCGGAGGAGGCGGAGGGAGGCUCUCGAGCGCGAUCUCGACGACCGCCUGGCCAGGGAAAAGGCGGAGAGGGAGCGCAUCGAGGGAGAGCCAGAGGCGGCGGAAGCUCGAGUGGCGGACGAGCGACGUCGGGCGGUCGAAGCCGCAGCGGCCGAGAAGCGAAAGGCGAAGGAGGAUGCUCGGGCGCGAUCAGCCAGAGCCGAAGCGGAAAAGGAGAAGGACAGGCGGGAGCAAGAAGCUCGCGAGGCGACGGAUCGCCAACUUGCUGCCGAAGCUGCUGCUGCCAAGCAGAAGCAGGAGGAGCUCGUCGUCGCCGCUAAGGUCAAGGCGAAGGCGAAGGCUGAGAAGGAGCGCCUCGAGGCCGAACGUCGAGCGGCUGAACAACGUCGUCUUGAUGCUGAGGCAGAAGCUGCUCUGCGUCAGAAAAGUGCGGCGGGACCGACAAGAGACCGCGCGCCAUGGCACAACCAGGUUCAGCAAGCGGUUCUCGUUCUACACGAGACCGAGUACUGGUCCAUUGUUGAUGCGACCAGGAAAAGCACCAACGUUUCUGCGGCGCGAGAAGCCUGGCAUCGUGCCCAAGCCACCGUCACGGGGAUCUCGCGAGAUCGUCUCGGAAACCUCCUGAUGACGGCACACGACGAUGUCAUGGCAAAGAUCGAGUAUGCUCGUCUGAGCGGCGGUGCCACGCUCGACGAUGCUACGUCUGGCCGACUCUGGGGAAUCGCACUCGCGACCGUGGGCAAUUCGCGCAACUCCAUCGACCCAGCGACUGGGACGCCGCACUCUGAAGACGUGCUGGCGGCUCGGAGUCGAGCAGAACUGGCACGGUGCGAGACCUUCCUGCCGCGAGGCUAUCUCCAAAUGGCCACAGACGCAAUGGAGCAGACGCUGCUUUCGGACGCCGCAGCUCGGACGGCCAGCCUCAAUGCUAGGCGCAAGCGAGCUACAGCCGUUGAGAUGGCUACACUUCGCGCCAUCCUCCAGCCGCCGCAGGCCGCUUUCCCGCAGCAGCGCCAGACCACUGCCGAUCCCCCGAGCAAGUCCCCCGGACCAUCCGCUAGGAAUCUCCCGUCGCGGAGCCAGUCGCGCGAUGUCGCUUCCCCCGGAACCUCGAUUGGUUCCACGGCGCUCUCAGAGGUUCGGAAGGGCAAGAAGCGGCAACUCGAUGAGGUCGACGGCGGGGCCGAGCGUCCCCAGCAGCAGGUCCGCUUGGAGGUGGAAAUCACGAUGGAGGCAGGGAGAUUUGAUAUUGAGAACAACUCUUCUGGGGACGUACUGGCGCGCAGACAUGGGCUGAGGCCCGCCGGAACGAAUAAUGCUGUUCCGACGGCUUCCAACGUCGUUCGGAUGUUCCAGCCGCAGUCAGCGCUUGAGCAAGAUCCUGUCCUGGCACGGCCGGCAACUGCUUCACUCAACACUGCCACGGCCUCUGCGCCAUCGGUCAGGAAAGCGGUCAAUGGCAAGUCUCAUCGUCUUUCCCCUUCUACAGCUACGCCGGGCGCGGGGCCCUCUCGCAUCUCCACCACUGGCACCUCCAUACCGACCUCAACACCCAGUCAGCAGAUUGGCGUCCAGUCAGCUCCAGGUCCGGUACUGCCUGCAGCUGCCACUAACGCCACUGAGCGAUCGACCUCAGCGGAUCAGAUGCUUACUGCUGCUGGCGCUUCCAACAUCUCCGCGGCAAUUGGUCAAACCCUCAUUACUGCCAUCUCUGACUCUCCGGCUAUGCCAUCUACGCCUGGCCGGAUCCCGACUUCAGAUGCCAACGCCGAUAAAACCCCCGCGCCGGUUCAUGCUCAGCUUGCAUCUGUUCCCGCGGAAGCGACAGGGUCCCCCUCCGUAAUUCAGCGGCUCAAGGCUCGGCAUCUUCGUAAGGAACCCGGCACGCCCUCGCAGCGCGAAACGGAGACUGCGCAAGCACUGGCGAGGGUCACGGAGACAGUACAAGCGCUGUACGGGCCGGCAUCACCCGUCGUGGCCUUGUCGCCCUCUGCUCGUGCCUCGGCCGCCUCGCAGCUGCCCCGGACCCAGCCGCUCCCGCCAAGCAGGCUCGGACUGGAGGCGGACAGGGGUGCCGGUGCUGGUGCUCUCAACGCCACCGCAGCCUCAGGCUCGAGCUCGUCAUCGGCGUCGCGCGUCGCUCCCCCGCGGGGUCCGUCAGGCUCUAUUCCGGCACCAGGUGAUGCACCCGAUCCAAAUGCAAGUGCCCUACGGGCGCGCCGGCGCGCGUCCGCACCCCUACUCCCUGCCCCGCCUGGCGCACCUCCGACCCCAACGACCAGCUCUGUGCUGAACUCGUCAAGUCCACCGCCUGGUGACGCACCAGCGGAUGUCGACGUACAGGACACGGAAGCGGACAUGAUAGUCGCCGUGGAGACCCACUUCGGCGAAAAUGACACGCUCCGCCCUGGGGCCGCUGCGCCGAUCCCCUCUUCCUCGAGAUCGCAAGCGCCGACGCUGCCCCCGUCAGCCUACAUCAAUGCCGGCAAUAACAAUCCCUCCGCUCCUCAGUCUGCCGCCACCCGGAGGUCAGCACGGGAUAGGCCCACCGUAAACUACUCAAUCCAAACCCCAAGCGAGUUUUACGAACUGGCGGCGAGGCGCGGGGCGCAACAGGCUGGCCACCUUCGCGCCCAAAAUCCCCCCACUCCCUCCGCCACCGAAGACGCUUCGACCAGCUUUGGCUCGCCUCCUCCCUCUUCUCCUCCUCGCCGACCGAUAGGACGCCUCGUCCUCCGGGCUCAGUACAACGGCGAUCCUGUCGACUCUCUGAACCCUGCGAACGAGGCGGGCCAAUCUCGCCUGUCGUUGGCCGAGCGAGGUGCCGUCUCCCCAAAAGGGGACGUCAGAGCAGAGACCCUGAAGGCGUAUGGGAUGUUCUGUCCCAGCAUGCUGGGUCGAAGGGACAAUAAGUGGACGUCAUGGUCUACUAAGAUUGUCCCGGGUACCCUUCAUGACCUCAUGUGGGAGUUGGACAUUCUCUUCGCGGGCGACAACAGGGAGAGGCCGUUGUUGCGGCGGCUUGACGAGGAGGUCGUGUGGGGCGAUAUGCGCGACAUCUCUGACAAGCGGCGCUUCGUAUUCUGCUGCUGGAAUCGUUAUACCGUUGAGAAAGGCACACUCCGGAAAGACCAAGCCGCCCAAUUCAUCAGAGGCUGGCUGGACAAGUACGGAGAGGUGAUGCGCUUCGGCGGGAUCGAUGAGGAGAUCCUGGAUCACCUGCACAUCCUUGCAGUGCAUGGUCUCAUCCAACCCCAGACCUACUUCAACGCAGCGCAAAACUGGAAUCGCCAAAUGCGCUAUUACCGCAAGAUGAAGGAGUGUCCGCUUCCCUGCGACGACGACUUCUCGGAUGCCGAGGAGUUCGUUGUGAAGGGAUCAAUCAGGCUUAGAGAGUUCGAGGAGGGCGGGCGUUGUUAUGAGGAGGUGUUGGAGCGGGGAAGGGCGAGGGCGGAGGGGAGACCGCCGGUCUUACCUGAGGAAAAACCAAUACCUGUCGGCUCCUUGGACACAUUCAGCGAUCGACGUCGGUCCUCCAAACUCGGCCGGAGCAAGCAGGUCGGAGUGGAGAUAGCGGUACUGCGUGCACAGCGCACAGGCCGCCUGUCGGGGAUGAGCGCGACCGGUGACGAGGCGGGGAGGGUCAGGCAGGCUUCUUAUCUUUCUCGAUCUUCCUUGAUUUCACCAUCGCUCAUCAUCUUUCUCGUCCAUCCCGCACCUGCUCCAGGCUCCAACAGACAAGGUAUAAUAGACUCUUGCCUUGAAACAUCUUCCCCCCAGUACAGUUUUGAUAUUCCUUGGGCCGUGCGCGUGGACCUUUGGAUCAGCUCGCAUAUUGACUGGACGGGAAACGCAACUCGACCAAACGCGCGCAAAGCCCAAGCGGGAAUUUUCAUCUGGGAAUUCGAGGGUACUAGCUGGACCAGAGAGAAUAGAGCAUCCCAAAUCGCUCAGUCACCGGUACCAAACCAGCUCUCCCCUGUCACCUCUCCCCAUACCCAUACGAUGGACAUGUACCCAUACGUUCCCCCUUCCCCUUACCAAGCCUCGGGCUCCUCGUCGAAGCCGAAGCUCGUCCACCCCCGCUCCUUCACCGCCCCGUCCUCGGCGACCUACUCCCCCUUUCCCCCCUCACUCACUACCGCCGGCCACGCCUCCUCAUCCCGGAGCAUAGCCUCCUCUCCUGCUACCCCUCUCGGCACCCCCUACUCCUCCAGCUCGUUCAACACUGGCAAGCGUCCCAAGCUCGCCAAAAAGGCGACCUCUUCCUCAGCCGCCAAGCAGCGAGGCGUACAGGCGAGCCUCGAGGCGCAGGUGGACAAGUACAGGGGAUGGCAGGCAUUCUUCCUCCCUCCCAAGCCUGUUCCCAAUGGACCGCCAUGCUCCCCCGUUCUUGGCGCAACCCGGCCGGCGGGGACGCACGGGGAGAUGGAUACCGGAGGGGACGACUCGGACCUGUCCCGCUCAACAUCGAAUUCCAGCAAUCAUCCUCAGCAACACUGCGCGAUGGGACUUCCGAACGGGUUCGGGACGGAGGCGAUGCAGCUUCAGCUGCAGAUGCAGAUGCAGUUUCAGAUGAGGCAGGGAGAAGGAGAGGGGGAGGGGCAAAAGGGCAAAGGAAAGGCGGUGGAAGGAGCGAGGGACAGGGAUUACUUUGGGCGAUGGACCAAGGGGCCGGAACAGUGGGUGGAGGACGUGGAUGUCGAGGCGAUGGACCUGGAUAUGGAAUGA